AUGGGCUCUUGCUCUGGAAAACGUUCUCAAAAUAAUUCAGCUACUAAGAACACUAGUAAUAAACCUGAAACAGAUAAUUCUUCCCCUUAAAAACUUUAACCUAAUGAUGGUAAAUAUAUUAUAUUACAUUAAAGUUCAAUCUUGUUUAGGUAAUUUGAUUAUCACAAGCGAAAAGCUAGGACGUAUCACAAAAGAUUAUACACUCUUGAAUCCACCUUUGGGAAGUGGUAUAUAAAUUAUAAUAUCUCUUUAGGAGCAUAUGGGGAAGUAAGAAAAGCUAUCCACAAGAGUACAAACCUCAUGAAAGCUGUUAAAAUUAUUCAUAAAUCUCAAACAAGUAAGGAGGAAUAAGAGAGAUUAAUGAAUGAAGUUAAAAUGCUUUAAAAAUUAGUAAUCAUUCAUAACUAUUAAAGGAUCAUCCAAAUAUCAUUAAAAUUUUUGAGUUUUAUUAGGAUGAAGGAUUCUUUUACAUAGUAACAGAAUUAUGUACUGGAGGGGAACUUUUUGAUAAAAUUAGACAUGAAGGUAGUUUCUCAGAAAAAAAAGCAGCUGAAAUUAUGAAAUAAAUAUUAUCUGCUAUUAAUUAUUGUCAUGAUGAGAAGAUUGUUCAUAGGUAAAUUUAAAUUAAAUAUCUUAUUUUAGAGAUUUGAAACCAGAAAAUCUAUUAUACGAAUCUGAAAAGGAAAAUUCAAUGCUAAAAAUUAUUGAUUUUGGAACAUCCAAAGAAUUUGUUCCAAACUAAAAAUUAAAUUAGAAGUUAGGCACACCUUAUUAUAUUGCACCAGAAGUUCUAAAAAAAAAAUAUGAUGAAAAAUGUGAUAUAUGGUCAUGUGGAGUAAUCUUAUAUAUUUUAUUAUGUGGGUAAAACUAAUUAUCUAUUUAAAGAUAUCCACCAUUUGAUGGUAAAUCAGAAGAUAAAAUUAUGGAGAAAGUUUCGAAAGGUGUUUAUUCAUUUGAUACUUAAGAGUGGGAAGAAGUUACAAAAGAGGCCAAAGAAUUUAUUAGAAAAAUGCUUUAGCUUGAUCCUAGUAUUUAAAUUAUCAAACUAUUGUUCAGGUAAGAGAUAUAGUGCCCAAUAAGCUUUAAAUGAUCCAUGGAUUAAGAAAUUUACAAAUCCAACUGAAUUUGAUAAACCUUUAAUGACCAAAGUUUUAACAAAUAUGAGAAAGUUUACAGAAUAGCAAAAAUUACAAGAAGCUGUUUUUAAAUUUAUUGUUAAUUAAUUGGCUACAAAAGAGGAAAAGGCUGAAUUGUUAAAGAUCUUUUAAUGUUUAGAUACAAAUUAAGAUGGAAAAUUGAGUAAAGAAGAAUUAUUAGUGGGAUAUUCAAAAAUUAUGAAACCAAUUGAAGCUGCUGAAGAAGUUAAUCGUAUAUUUUAAUAGGUUGAUAAGAAUAAUUCAGGAUCAAUUGAUUAUACAGGUAUAUUGUUAUAUAGAUUUAAAUUUUAGAGUUUGUUAUUGCAACUAUAGAUAGAUAAUAGUUAUUAUCUAAAUAAAGAUUAUAAGUCACUUUUCGUAUGUUUGAUAAAGUAUUUGAUAUAAUUAUUUAGGAUAAAAGUGGAAGUAUAACUAUAGAUGAAUUGAAAGAGAUAUUUAGUGGAAUACCUGAAGAAAUGUGGAAAUAAGUAGUAUAAGAAUUUGAUUCUAAUUCUGAUGGUUAAAUUUCAUUGGAUGAAUUCUUUACAAUGAUGAAGAAAAUCGAUUGA